UCCACAUUGAAUUUUUUAUCUGUGGACAGCUGACCAAGGACUCACACGCCAUGAACGUUUUUGGCACCUUCGUGGACUCCGCCACGACACCUCUUCUAGGAGGAGAGUGCGGAAAGCGUCUGAUACCCAAUGUCAUCGAUGCGACGGCCAAUGCGACCCCCGACGUCGAGUGUCUGUCUGUGCCUCGGUGCAACGGCAACCCUGGUGCCGGAUGGAAGCCUGUGAGCUGGGCGCAGGUUGCCAACGCUGUCAACUAUGUAGCGCACAUGCUCACUAAUGACGCCGGGACCCCGACACCGGGGUCAUUUCCCACUGUCGCCUACAUUGGCCUAGAAGACCCCCGGUAUCCCAUCUUCGCAAUCGGGGCGAUCAAGGCGGGCUACAAGGCUCUCUUCAUCUCGCCGCGCAACUCGGUCGAAGCUCAACUAAACCUGUUCGACAAGACAGAGUGCAACCUACUUUAUCAUGAAUCACAGUACGCCGCGAUGGUUGAGCCCUGGGUCAAUGGCCGUCCUGGCAUGAAGCGCGUAGCUAUCGCUCCGUGGGAGCAGUGGGUCACUACUCAAGUAACGCCGUUUGCCUACAACAAGACUUUUGCCGAAGCGGAAUGGGAUCCUUUUGUAGUGUUACACACAAGCGGCAGCACCGGACUCCCUAAGCCGGUCGUUAUCAACCAGGGCAUGCUGGCCUUGAAUGACUUGCACCGCUAUGUGCCGGAAUACGACGGCAACUUGCCGUGGCUCGCUACUUGGGCCAAGUUCCCCAACACACGAUAUCUCUGCAUUUUCCCAUUAUUCCACACGGCGGGAAUUAUGCCCACAACCUUGAUGGCAUUCUAUUAUAAUGCGCCUAUUGCAUUCCGGGAUCCGUCCCUGCCGAUUACCGGCGAUAAUAUCGUCGAGUGGCUGCAAAACACCGGAGCGGGGUGGACUCUCAUGCCGCCCGCGAUCCUGGAGCAAAUGUCGCGCUCGCAGGUCGCCAUUGAUGAGUUGAAGAAGCUUCACGCAGUAGGAUUUGCAGGAGGCCCUGUAGCUCCGACUCCGGCGAAUCAUCUGUUAAAUCACGGCGUCAAAAUGGUGAACGCCAUCGGAAGCACCGAGUACAUCUAUUUCCCAUAUUACAACCAACCCGAUCACUCACUGUGGCCGUGGUUCAUAAUCCCUACAGAGAUGAUGGGAAUUGAAUGGCGCCCGUUCGGCGAGAACACGUACGAGCAAGUCAUUGUUCGAAAAGACAAGCAACAUCCGGGUCUGCAAGGCUGCUUCUAUGCCUUCCCCGAGCUGGAUGAGUUCAGCACCAAGGACCUUUACCGACCUCACCCAACUCUCCCCAACCACUGGACGUACGUGGGUCGGGCGGACGACAUCCUUAUCUUCUCCAACGGCGAGAAGCUCAAUCCCACUACCAUUGAAGGCGCAGUCAUGGGCCAUCCAGGCGUUCUCGGUGCGCAGGUAGUCGGCACCAACUACUUCCAUGCAGCCCUUAUCAUUGAGCCCGCUCAGCACCCGAAGACCGAACAAGAAAAACAGCGGUUUCUUGACGAUGUGUGGCCGAUUGUGGAAAAAGUCAACACUGAGACGGUGGCCCACGGGCGCAUCUCUCGGGAUUAUGUAUUUCUUUCCGAUCCGGAUCGUCCUUUUCCUCGCGCGGGCAAAGGCACCAUCCAACGUGCGAUGGUGGUGAAGGUCUAUGCUGAUGACAUUCAACGGAUUUUCGCUGCCAGCGGUGAUGCGUCUGUCGUCGCGAUGGAUCUCAAUCUGACAUCCAAGGAGGCAUUUGCUGGCACGGUGCGCAGUCUGGUACAAAGUGUCAUUAAGCUGCCAAAUCUCUGCGUGGACCAGGACCUCUUUUCUGCAGGCGUGGACUCCCUCCAAGCGAUCCAACUCGCACGGCUACUACGGGCUAGUAUGGAGAAGACAUUGGGUAUUUCAAAUAGCGCUACAACUAUCGACACCCGCGUGAUUUACACCCAUCCCACAAUUGCCCAGCUAGCAGACUUCGCCUACUCCUUGACCAACGCCUCCGACUUACCUGAUCCAUUCCCAAACUCCGCUGACAGCACGGCCUUCUGCCAAGCCCUCUUCGAGAAAUACACAAAGAAUCUCCCCGCCCCAAUUCCCAACAAGCUGCAGCCCUCCAGCACCUCGCAAGUCAUUAUCAUUACCGGCACGACCGGCAAUCUAGGCUCAUAUCUGCUUGCCGCAGCCCUCGCCAGCCCCAACACCCACCGCGUCAUCUGCCUCAACCGCACCGCUGACGCCCUAGCCCGCCAACAGGCCGCUCACCUUUCUCGCGGCCUAAUCACCGAUUUCUCUAAAGCCAAAUUCCUCCAAGCCGACCUCAGCCACCCGAGCCUGGGUCUCCCAGCACAAACUUACAUUCAUCUGCUAGCCGAAGCCGAUAAGGUCAUCCACAACGCUUGGCCGGUCAACUUCAAUCUCUCUCUCGGCUCAUUCGAGCCCCACAUUCGCGGCGUCCGCCACCUCAUUAACUUCAGUGCCGCCGCGCAGAAAACCGUACCGAUAACCUUCGUCUCGAGCGUCAGCGCCGUCGAGAACUGGCCGUUCCCCGACCAUCCGGUCACGGAGCAGGCGCUGACAGAGUGGUCGCUCGCUGCAAUGGGGUACGGUCAGUCCAAGCUCGUGGCCAGUCGAAUCCUCGAUACCGCGAGUGAGGUUUCGGGCGUGCCUUGCCCCAUUGUACGGGUCGGACAGGUCGCUGGCCCUCGAGCGGAGAAAGGGAUGUGGAGUAAACAGGAGUGGCUGCCUAGUUUGGUGCGGAGCUCGCUUUAUCUUGGCUUUCUACCGGAUACGCUCGCGGGGCUAGAGAAGAUGGGCUGGGCGCCUGUGGAGGAUGUGGCGCAGGUGGUGUUGGAGGUGUCGGGUAUUACUGAGGGGGAGCAGGCGACUGGGUAUUUCCAUGCGCUGAAUCCGACGGCCGUGGAUUGGAGCGGCCUGGUGCCAGUUUUACGUGAGUUCUACGGGGAGCGGAUUCAGAGGGUGGUCUCUUUCACCGAGUGGGUGGAUGCUCUAAGUGCUAGUCUGGAGAAGUCUGAAGGCAAGGAUGUGGAGGUGAAUCCUGGUGUGAAGUUGCUCAGCACAUAUAAGGAAGCGGCUUUGAGCAACGGGAAGGGAGCUGGGUUCACGACUACCCGAACGGAGAUGUACAGUCCGACUAUGCGGAGGAUGGAGCCUGUUUCGCCGGAGUUGAUGAGACAUUGGUGUGAGCAGUGGGAGUUUUGAGGCGCAAUGAUAUCUCACAUCCAGCGAUAGUACGACGAUCUUUCGAUCGAACAGAAGAUGAUCGUAUCACCAAUUGAAACUAAUUCAUACCUCGUGAUAAAGUACC